CGAGCUCCGGCCGCCCCCGCCCCGCCGCCGAGGCUACCGCCGUCACUAUGGAGUAGUCGCGGCAGGACGGGGUCCGAGCGAGAGACGGAACCGGCGUGACAGGCGGCCCGCCGGGCCCACAGGGCGACGGGCAGCCGGGUGCUGCGCCGGCAGUUUCCGCGGGCUCAGGAUAAGCCAUUGGUGCAAACUGAAACCAUGGAGUCCAUGCUGAACAAGCUGAAGAGCACUGUCACAAAGGUGACAGCUGAUGUCACCAGUGCAGUCAUGGGAAAUCCCGUCACCAGGGAAUUCGAUGUCGGGCGACACAUUGCCAGUGGAGGUAAUGGUCUUGCUUGGAAGAUAUUCCAUGGAACUAAAAAAUCAACAAAGCAGGAAGUGGCUGUUUUUGUCUUUGAUAAGAAGCUAAUAGACAAGUACCAAAAAUUUGAAAAAGAUCAGAUUAUUGAUUCCUUAAAACGAGGUGUUCAACAGCUAACUAGGCUUCGACACCCUAGACUACUUACUGUACAGCAUCCAUUAGAGGAGUCCAGGGAUUGCUUGGCAUUUUGUACAGAACCAGUCUGUGCAAGUUUAGCUAAUGUUCUUGGCAGCUGGGACAACCUACCUUCUCCUUUACCAUCAGACAUUAAAGAAUACAAACUUUAUGACGUGGAGACCAAAUAUGGUUUGCUUCAGGUUUCUGAAGGUUUGUCAUUUUUGCAUAGCAGUGUCAAAAUGGUCCAUGGAAAUAUUACUCCUGAAAAUAUAAUCUUGAAUAAGAGUGGAGCAUGGAAAAUUAUGGGCUUUGAUUUUUGUAUCCAGUCAACAAAUCCAUCUGAACAGGAGCCAAAGUUCCCUUGUAAGGAAUGGGAUCCAAACUUGCCAUCUUUGUGUCUUCCAAAUCCUGAGUAUCUGGCGCCAGAAUAUAUUCUCUCUGUGAGCUGUGAGACAGCCAGUGAUAUGUACUCUCUGGGAGCUGUUAUGUAUGCGGUAUUUAAUAAAGGGAAGCCAAUUUUUGAGGUCAACAAGCAAGAUAUUUAUAAAAGCUUUAGUAGACAGCUGGACCAGCUGAGCCGUUUAAGCUCCAGUACUCUUGAGAACAUACCUGAGGAGGUGCGUGAGCACGUAAAGCUCCUCCUAAACGUAGCUCCAGCAGUCAGACCAGACGCUGAUCAAAUGACUAAGAUACCGUUCUUCGAUGAUGUAGGAGCAAUGACACUUCAGUAUUUUGAUUCAUUAUUUCAAAGGGAUAACCUGCAGAAAUCACAGUUCUUUAAAGGACUACCAAAAGUUCUGCCAAAACUACCUAAGCGUGUUAUAAUUCAGCGAAUUUUGCCUUGCUUGACUUCUGAAUUUGUGAAUCCGGAUAUGGUACCCUUUGUCUUGCCUAAUGUUCUCUUAAUUGCUGAGGAGUGCACCAAAGAAGAAUAUAUCAAACUCAUUCUACCUGAUCUUGGUCCUGUUUUUAAGCAGCAAGAACCAAUCCAGGCAAGCAACAUGAUAUUGUUAAUCUUCCUGCAAAAAAUGGACUUGCUUCUAACCAAAACUCCACCGGAUGAAAUAAAGAACAGUGUUCUGCCAAUGGUUUAUAGAGCCUUGGAAGCACCUUCAAUUCAGAUCCAGGAGCUUUGCCUAAACAUAAUUCCCACGUUUGCCAAUUUAAUAGAUUACCCAUCAAUGAAAAAUUCAUUAAUUCCAAGAAUUAAAAAUGCAUGUUUGCAAACUUCUUCUCUUGCUGUCCGGGUAAACUCACUGGUGUGUUUGGGCAAGAUUUUGGAGUACUUGGAUAAAUGGUUUGUGCUUGAUGAUAUUUUACCUUUUCUACAACAAAUUCCAUCAAAGGAACCUGCAGUGCUCAUGGGAAUUUUAGGUAUUUACAAAUGUACAUUUACUCACAAGAAGUUGGGAAUUACCAAAGAACAGCUUGCAGGAAAAGUAUUGCCCCAUCUGAUUCCUCUUAGUAUUGAGAACAACCUUAAUCUCAAUCAGUUCAAUUCUUUUAUUUGUGUUAUAAGAGAUAUGCUCAAUAGAUUGGAAGCAGAGCAUAAAACAAAACUUGAGCAACUUCAUGUCAUGCAAGAGCAACAGAAAUCCUUGGACAUUGCCAACCAAAUGAGUGGGGCUGAAGAGGCAAGAUCUAGUGGUACAGGCAAUCAGAUUGACAAGGUAUUUAAUAAUGGAACUGACCUUCUCACUAGUGGAUCUGAUAGUAAAGAGAAUGAGAUGUCAUCAAUACAGAGAAAGGCCUCCCUUACUCUGGAAGAGAAGCAGAAGUUAGCUAAAGAACAAGAACAGGCACAGAAACUGAAAAGCCAGCAACCUCUUAAGCCCCAAGCAACUACAGUGACACCUCCAGUGAAGCAGACAAAAGACUUGACAGAUACCUUGAUAGAUAAUAUGGCAUCUUUGACCAGCCGUCCUAUCAACCAAGCUCAAGCUGCAUCUUCAAACAGCUUCUCUUCCGUUCCUUCUAUGAGUGUUGGGAUGGGAUUUUCAUCACCCAUUGACAACACAAAGAGAAAUAUGACAAAUGGACUAAACACAAAUAUGGGGUUUCAGACUGCUGGAUUCACCAUGGGAGCAGGUCUUGCCACUCAGAAUUUCUUCAGUGGUCCAAGUGCAACAGGAGCAACCAAGAUGAACAUGGUACCACCUGCCAAUAUGCCAAAUUACAGUCCUAUGAAUGCUGCAUCUGCAGUCUCUCCACUGACACAACAAAACAGACCCCCAGACAUGUCUGCUUUAGAUAAUCUUUUUGGUCCUCAAAAACCCAAAGUUAGCAUGAAGCAGUUGGCUCAACAGAAAUCAAGCCAGUGGGUCAAUCAGUUUGUGCCACCUUCAGGGUCCCCAAAUGCGAGCAGUACAGCCUUGGGACCUCAGAUGAACAUGCUAGCACAGCCAGGCUUUGGCAUACAGGGUAAUCCUUUCUUUUCCCCUCAGAACUUUGCACAACCAGCAAACACAAUGACAAACAGCAGCUCAGCUAGCAAUGACUUAAAAGAUCUUUUUGGGUAAAAUGAUUUGUUUUCUUCCUUCAAAGAAUGGUGAAAUUUGGAUCAUGGGUAAGCUGAUUAACAUCUUGUUUUUAUUAAUAAAAGCAUGACUUGGGGAAACUUUCAACCCAGCAAAGUAAAGACUUCUGGGCAGGAAAAAAGGCUGAUGUUUCAUUCACCUGGUACUGCAGUGGAAUUGUGUGAGUGCAAAGUCAUCUUACAUGCUAAAGAUUUCCUGUCUCUACCAACAUGAGAGUGCUGAAGGUAGGAUGCGUAUAUUCAUCUGAAAAAGAAGUAUAUUGAAAUUAUUCAGAGCUGAACUCAGUCAAGUCCAGUGAAAUUCCCUACAAUAUUUUGUUUAAGUUCAGCAAAAAUGCUUAUGGGGUAUAAUGCUGCUAUUGGAUGCAAACCUGGAGAAUUACUCAUGUUGCCUGAAUUUGUCACAAGCUGUCAUUUUGUUCUAUGACAGUUUGCAAAAAGAAAAU